GCGCAGAGCGCUGUAAAUUAGAAUCGCAGACAUUAGCUGGACAGAUUAGAAUUAAAAAUUGAUAUAGGUCUUGAAGCUUUGAGUACCUAGGUCCUAGUGCUUCAAAGCACAUUCGUAAAAUAUAUUGCGUUACAUAGACUUAUAUAUUAAUUUGUUGUUUUGGACUGUGCAGUUUGUGAAUAUUUCAAAACCUAGAAAUUAGUGGUGGUUCUGAUUCAAGUUGAUACCAGGGUCGUUUACCUAUUCGAUCGAAGUGAACACAACCAUGUUACGAUUCCUCAGUAGAAGGGGGCGUUCUUCUAGCCAGACGCGCAACAAACAAAAUCAAAAAGCCUCUAGCAACAAAAACCUGAUACAAUGCAAGGUAAUGCUUCUUGAUGAUACUGAUUUAUCUAUUAAUCUCUCUAAAAAAGCUAGUGCGGGCGAUCUCUAUGAACAAGUAUUUUAUUCAUUAGAUUUAAUAGAGAAGGAUUAUUUUGGAUUACAAUUUACUGAUACCAAUAAUGUCAAACAUUGGCUAGAUCCAACAAAAACGAUUAAAAAACAAGUAAAAAUUGGGCCACCUUAUACUUUAAGACUUAAGGUGAAGUUUUAUUCAUCUGAACCUAACAAUUUGAGAGAAGAAUUGACGAGAUAUCAAUUCUUCUUACAAUUAAAGAAAGAUAUUUUGGAGAGCAAAUUAGAAUGCCCUCACUCUACAGCUGUGGAAUUAGCAGCACUGGCCUUGCAGUCAGAACUUGGUGACUUUGAUGAGUCUAUACACACACCAGCUACUGUAUCAGAAUUCCGAUUUGUCCCUAAUCAAAGUGAAGAAAUGGAAAUUGAAAUAUUAGAAGAAUAUAAAAAAUGUAAAGGUCUUUCUCCUGCUCAAGCUGAAGUAAACUAUCUCAAUAAGGCAAAGUGGCUUGAAAUGUAUGGUGUUGACAUGCACAUUGUUCUUGGCAAAGAUGGGUGUGAGUAUCAUUUAGGAUUGACACCCACAGGCAUUCUCGUAUUUGAAGGACCACAAAAAAUUGGAUUAUUUUUUUGGCCUAAAAUCAGCAAGUUAGAUUUUAAAAAGAAGAAAUUGACAUUAGUCGUUGUUGAAGACGACGAUCAAGGUCGGGAACAAGAACAUACAUUUGUCUUUAGACUUCAUAAUGAAAAGGCUUGUAAACAUCUUUGGAAAUGUGCUGUAGAACAUCACACUUUCUUCCGCUUACGAGCGCCAGUGAAAGGGCCCUCUGCAAGACAGAACUUCUUCAGAAUGGGAUCAAGAUUUCAAUACUCGGGUAAAACAGAAUAUCAAACAACUCAGCAAAAUCGUGCACGUCGAACCGUCCAAUUCGAAAGACGGCCUAGUCAAAGAUUUGCGCGACGGCAAAGUCAUGUUUUACGAGAACGUGAGAAACAAAGUACAUCUUCAAAACCCGAUAAUUCUUUGCAACCGGAACCAAGCACAUCAGCAGAACAUUCGGCCCCAGUAACUGAAACUGGCCUUGAUACCUUAUCGAGAAAGAGUAGCGCAAAAUCACAGAAAUCUACUUUGGUCGAAAGUGACACAAGGCCUAUUGAAGUAGGAGAACCCUCGACAAAGAAACUUCUAAGCGAUGAAGCCCCAGAGGAAGUACUUAUUUCAAAAGAUGAUGCCAUCAGCAACAAGGUUUUGUUUAAGAUGGAUAAAGUUAGCAUGGAAGAAAAGAAGAGUAACUUGACGCAGUUAGUGGUUAACAAGCCUCCUUGUAACUGUUCACCUGUUGCUGAAUUUAACCCACUAAAUGAUCUUCUUAUGAGUUUAGUCAAAGAAAAACUAAACUGUGAUGACUCAAAGAAUGAAGUCAAAAAAGACCAAUUGGAUGCAGUUGAUAGUGAAGUACCCAACAACCAAACAAAAUGCUACAUGCCUUCUACUAAAAAUCUACCACCUGGUCAGCUCAAAUGCAAUAAUAUACUAAAAGCUCAACAAAGUGAAGUCAAAAUUAUCAAUGAAUCAACUAACAUUAAUUUAUCUAUUCCGUCCACGCCAUCCCCGAAGAUAUUAAAUGAGACAAAUCCGAACAAUUCCCAAUAUGUGUCUAUAGUGGUGGUUGAACCUCCACGCACACAAGCAAAACUGGCGUCUCCAAAACCUGUUGAGAGAAAUGAAGAUUUGAUUCCUAAAUCUCAACCGAUUUCAUCUCUUUCGCCCUGGCUCGUUACUUCGGAACCGAGUUCCCCAUCUGGCAUAGGAGAAAAAGAAAUUACAAUAAUCCACCACUCAUAUCAUGGAGAGCAUUAUUUAAAGGAAAUUUCCAAAGUGUUGGUGAAAAAUGCAACCUUUGAAUCUACCAAGCAGUCAUCACGGACGGUUAUCGGGGAAGACGCGGACCCUGUAACGCCUCCGCCACCAGAACAACCUUAUGAAAUUAUAGGUACCGUUGUGGAUCCCAAGGUCAAGCCUUUGGAUAACGUUGCCCGGAUAGUUCCGACAGCCGAAUGUUUGCCUCAAAUGCUUACAUGUGGAACUGUUAUCUUCGAUAUUAGCUAUGACAGAGCCGACUUACAAAUAGCCAUGGAUUAUCUAAAAUUAUUAAAAGAGCUGUUACAAAAGCAAAAACCAGAUCAUCCAGACGACGAUGGAGCCGGAGGCGACUCUAAAAAACGUUACUUGAUUCUGAUAUCGACCGUAAUGACUUGGGCCGUUACUAAACCAUUAGACCCGGAUACCCCAGAUAUGCCUUUCAUCGAGACGGAUUUUCGUAAAAGAAAGCCACACCCAAACUACAAAUUGCAUUACGACGCCGAAAACGAGGUUAUUGGUAUUGCUAGGAACUACAGAUCACAAAUCGGAGCAAUAGUCAUCGGGUCAGGGGUCACGUACGGCGGACGCGAAGACGUCUUGUUCUACUGGUUUCAAAAAGCAUGGGAAUGCGAAAAACUUCUGCCGAUUCUUGGUCGCGGUUUGAAUGUUAUUCCGUUAAUCAAUGUUUCGGACCUUGCCCAGAUUGUGUACAACUUGGUGGUUGAUUUUCCGAAGAAACUCUACAUACUUGCUGUGGAACAAAAUACUACCAAACAGAGAGAGAUCAUAAAACCUUUAGGCCGGCUUGUUGGCUCUGGAAUGUUUAAAUGUAUACCACCUGAAGAUGCUUUUCUUAUUCCGGAAAUCGAUCAAAGAAUUUUCGAUUUAAUGACCCUGAAUCUCAACAUGGAACCGACUUUUAUUGUGGAAACUAUGGCUCUCCAAUGGGUUUCUGAAUUGACCUUUGCAGAAAACGUACCUCAUCUUAUAAAACAAUUUAAAAAAGAAAAGGGGUUAAAAGCAUUUAAGGUUAUUGUCUACGGCCCUCCAAUCGUAGGCAAGACUACGUUAUCGAAGCUCAUCUGCCAAAGCUAUGGUCUCCUUUAUGUAUCUCCGGAAACAAUUGCUGAAGAUAUAUUGGAAGAUUUGACUUGGCGCGUAAAUCAUUGGGAGAGAGGUGAAGCCGCUGAUUUGCCCGUGCUGACUGGAGAAGAAGAUGAACACGGAGCUACUGACGUCGACGACGAUGCCGGCGAAGAGGAAGCCAUUCAGGAAACUGCUAAACAAAACCUUGCUUUAUUAAAAACUGGACGACCUCUGGGCGAAGAUGAAAUAUUAGGAUAUCUACGUCAAAGACUUUUAUGUCGAGAAGCUUUAAAUAAGGGAUGGGUGCUUGACGGCUUCCCUACAAACAUGGCACAAUGUUCUGCGUUAUUUGAUAAAGGAGAUGAACAAGAUUCAGAUGCAGGCGGAGACAACGAUGAGGAACAAUUUGAUGAAGAUGCCGAUCUCUACAGCAAUGUUCUGAAAAAAUUGUUACCAGAUAUUGUUGUAUCAUUGGAAGCUACCGAUGAUUUUAUUUGUGAGAAAGCCAUGCGUCAACCAGAGGAUGAUGCUCGAUUAGAUGAAGAAGUAGUGUUGAAGAGACUUAGUGAAUUUAGAGCUGGAGAUUCUCGCGACGUUACUCCUCUUAACUUUUUCGAUGAACUGGAUAUUCACCCAUUAGUAGUGCCGGUAAAGGAGCACUUGGAUUAUGGUAUGCAAGGACCUUAUGCAGCAGUUUCCUUGAGAAUGGGAAGACCGUGCCGUUAUGGAAAACUAAUUGCUCAAAUUGAAGCGGCUGAAAGACAGGAAAAGAAAGAAAUAGAAACCCUUCGGGCUAGAGAAGAUAAAGCAAUGAAUGAAUUACAACAGAAAUUGAAAGAAGAACGUGAAGAAAAAAUGGAAUACUGGUCGGAAUUAUAUUCGCUUAUGCGCGAUGAAGAGGAAGCGGCUCUAGCGGCUGCAGGGGAACCAAUGAGGAACUACUUAGUGAACAAUAUUUUUCCAACUUUGACCACUGCACUCCUGGAAGUUGCUAAACUGCGCCCAAAAGAUCCCAUUGAUUUUCUAGCAGAAUACUUGUUCAAAUUAAAUCCAAGUGGAAAAAUGUUAGAACCAGGGUACAAUCUCCAAGCUGAAAAACUUUUAGGCAAAAUCAAGAUACUGGAUGAUGCACUAAAAGACUUGGACAUCAAAAUAGAUCCAUUAUUACCAAGUGAUGCCGAAUUUGGCGAUUUUCCUUCGAAAAAGAAAAUCAAUUCAAUGAGUGCUUUGUAAACCUUGGAAUCGCAAUCGACAGAAUGAAUCUUGUUUAAAUUAAAACUAUGUAUUAUUAUUUUUAACUACU